AAGUGAAAAUAAUCAAUAAGCCUGUCUGUAGAGUUGGUAUAAAAGAGCUUUUGCUCAGUGUGGACAACACAGCUUUGUGGAGAACCUCAAAGAGAGAUCCUGCACCACUGAAUCAAUCCUUGUUCACUUCAAACAACAACAAAACAAACAGAAUGGAAUACUACAAGUUUGCCCUGCUGGUGGUUUUCCUGUCCUACGUUGAGCGCUGCUGGUCUGCCUCCUGCGUUGUGGACAGUUUUACAGUCAAGGACGACUUUGACCCCAAGAGAUAUGCAGGCAAAUGGUAUGCUCAGCAGAAGAAAGACCCAGAGGGACUCUUCCUCCAGGACAACAUCUCUGCCGAAUACACCAUUGAUGACGAUGGCACCAUGACUGCCUCUUCAAAGGGCCGCGUAACUCUUUUCGGAUUCUGGGUUGUGUGUGCUGACAUGGCUGCCCAAUACAGUGUGCCUGACCCUACCACUCCUGGCAAGAUGUUCAUGAACUAUCAGGGCUUGGCUAGCUAUCUGUCUAGCGGAGGUGACAACUACUGGGUCAUUGACACCGACUACGACAACUAUGCUAUCACUUAUGCUUGCCGCACUCUGAAGGAUGAUGGCACAUGCGAUGACGGCUAUGCCCUGGUCUUCUCACGCAACCCCCGUGGCCUACCUCCUGCAAUCCAGCGCAUCGUCCGCCAGAAACAGGAAGAGAUCUGCAUGGCUGGUCAGUUCCAGCCCGUGCUGCAGUCUGGGGCUUGCUAAGUGUUAGAGGAAACGAAGAGGGAUUCCUUUAGCAUGCUGGCAUAAGAAGCGUCACCCACGGCCAUUCCAUUUCAGUGCUGUAGAGAUGCAUGUGUGAAUCAGGGAGAUAUCAGAUCAUUGAAAUUCUUAUCUCAAGGGAAUCAUGAAUUGUGUUAAGUGUCUGUGACAAUAAAUGUUUUUUAAACAAAA